UGGACCAUUUUGAGUGAAAAACAAAACAUCGUGGGUGGAGUGGGAUCAGUCAGAGCGACUCAGAUCUAAUCUAACGCUUCAGACCUGCCGGGGAGGAUCGGACCAGUCUGAUCUAUCGCUACAAAUCUGCAGGACUUUGUUCGUAGGCUCUUCUUUGGCACGAUGCUGUGCGCCGCCGCCGCGGAGAGGAACAAGGAGCCGAUCCUGGCGGUGCUCCGGGACGCCGUGAACCCGGGGAGACCCCUGCAGGCUCUGGAGAUCUCCUCCGGGACCGGACAGCAUGUCACCCACUUCGCCCAGGCCCUGCGGAACAUCAUGUGGCAGCCCUCCGAGUACGACCGCCAGUCCCUGGCCAGUAUAGAAGCGUACAGAGCUCACUACCAGCUCCACAAUGUGAUGCCUGCCAUCCACCUGGAUGCUUCUCUGCCCCAUCAGUACUGGGGAGGGAUUCAGCCCGAGAGCCUCGACCUGGUGCUCAACAUCAACAUGAUUCAUAUUUCUCCUUUGGCAUGUACAGAGGGUUUAUUCAAAGGAGCCGGAGCGGUGCUGAAGCCACAAGGUCUCCUAUUGACAUACGGGCCGUAUGCAGUGAACGGCCAGAUCACUCCUCAGAGUAACAUUGAGUUUGACUACAGUCUACGGCAGAGGAAUCCAGAAUGGGGUCUGAGGGAUAUCUCGCUCCUUCACACUUUGGCACAGAGAAGUGGUUUAUAUCUGGAAAAGAUGGUGGACAUGCCUGCAAACAACAAAUGCCUUCUGUUCAGAAAGGAGAGUUUGGUGUGACUCGUCUUCACGUCAGUUUUCUGGACUCGGAGGGGUCGAAGCGCCUUAACUUAACACUUGACGCUCGGAUACAUUGCCAAAUUCUCCAGACCUGUAAAUGAACGGUGUUUCCCCCAUAUGGUGUUCCACCCAUCCGUUAGACGCACUCUCAUCUAUGGCACAAUGUAUUCUUCUGUAUUGCACAUUUGAGUGAAAUUAUUAAAGCUCACAGAUAAGUUGCCUACGUAUUAAAUCUACCUGACAGCCCCCCCCCCCCAUUCAUUUUCUAUUUUUUAGCUGUAAAAAGUAACGUAGAAGAAGUGCUUUUAGAGGAAAUACACAAUACAUUAGAUUGAAAAACUUCAAUGAAAAAUAACAAUUCCUAUGUAUACAUCAAAUAAAGCCAAAACAUGUAAAAUUAGAGGUAAAGUAGACUUUUUUUUUUUUGCGUCACAAGCUGAAAAAUCCAGACUAUUAUAUGUUUUAAUAAUCAUAUUUAAACUUCUUGAUGAAAAUGGCCUCACAACACAUCUGGAAUGGAGUACGGGCGUGUUGGACUGAAUACUUCAUGUGAUACUUAUAACUUACUGAAUGUGAUUUUCAUGAUAUUGUGUUUUGAUCUUAAGAGGAAUUAAACCGUUUCCUUCUCA